AUGGAGCGGCGGCAACGCGCGGACGACGAAGAUUCAUGGCGCCGUCGUAGUCGUAGCUAUAGUCCCGUUUCCUCACGUUUGCGUUAUCAGAUACGCAGACGCCAUUUGCGACCGCCCCCUGUGCCCAGAACUUCACACCGUCGUCGGCGCCGGACCACCAAGGGUUCUGACGUGAACAGUAAGCGCAGUCGCAGCCGCAGCCGUUCAAAUCACGGCAGUCGGUCUUCGAGACGAAAAACAGAUUCAAUGGCACCGCGAUCUCGAUCUCGAUCUAGGUCCCGAAGUAGAUUUGGAAGCCGAAAACGGAAAAAAUCAUCCACUCGGUCUCACACCGCAACCAGCGACGGCCAUCGAUGUCGUCGUAAUCGACACAGUGGCCGAAAGCGUUCAAAACGCGGCGAAGGCCAGAAGCGCGGGCGGCGCAGCAGCACUGAGAAGAAUCACAGUGAUCGUCAUCGCUCGUCGCGUGCCAAGAAAAAGCAUCGGCACUCGCGGCGGCAUGAUUCGUAUCACGACCGAGAACCGCUGCUGUCACCUCCGGUCACACAGCCGCAUAAAGAUGACAGUGAGGACAGUGUUGCUCAUGACGACACGGUGGGAAGCUAUAGUGGAAAACCUGGGGAGUAUAUAGCUAAUCGGUACAAAAUCAUUCGCGAGGCGGGCUUGGGCACGUUCGGGCGCGUGCUCGAGUGCCUGGAUAAGCAGCGUAACAUCGUGGUGGCCAUCAAGGUUGUUCGAAAGGUAGAGAAGUACACAGAGUCGGCCAAGAUCGAAGCUGCGAUCUUGCAAGAUGUUAAUGACAAGGACAAGAACAAUCAGUCGCUAUGUGUACGUAUGUACAAGUGGUUUGAGUAUAAGGGCCACGUUUGCAUGGUAUUCGAGCGACUUGGAUGCUCUCUGUAUGAGUAUCUAAAGAAUCAUGACUACAAACCAUUCCCGCUGCAUUGCAUCCGCGCGUAUGCAUGGCAACUUCUGACAUCGCUCGAGUUCAUUCACAGUAUUCGACUCGUUCAUACCGAUCUCAAGCCCGAGAACAUUCUGCUUGUGGAUGAUGAAGAAGAAAGAGCUUCGUGUGACUCAUCUUCACCGUCAUCAACAUCGUCUUAUGGAUCACGAAAUGGAUCAUCUGGGCGCGAGAAUUGGUCGAAUGGACGUCAGUGGAAGAAACGCGAUCGUGGUUGUUCGGAUGUUGACUCAGAUCGAUUGUCACUGCGCCCUCCAGCGAGUAACGCCGUAAAGCUCAUUGAUUUUGGUGGCGCUACGUAUGAAGACGAGUCAAAGAGUUCUAUUAUUAAUACUCGCCAAUACCGCUCACCCGAGGUGAUUCUCGGACUUGGCUGGAGUUAUCCGUCGGAUAUUUGGUCAGCCGGUUGCAUUAUAGCUGAGCUCUACUUGGGUGAAUUGCUGUUUGCUACUCAUGAAAAUAUGGAGCAUCUCGCUUUGAUUGAGCGCUGUAUCAACCCUCUUCCUGUGAAAAUGGCAGCUCAGGCGUCUAAGAAUUCGGCUUCAGCCAGUUUUUUUUACCGUGGGCGUCUGAACUGGCCUGCUGGCUCGUCGAGCGAUGAAAGUGUUGACCACGUUCGAAGAAUGCGAUCGCUCGCAGACUUAAUAUCUCCUGAGGAUGCUAAGAGUGGCUUGUUGGAGCUGUUGCAACUCAUGCUGGUUUUGGAUCCCGAAAAACGGGUGACAGCUAAGGAGGCUCUCAACACGCCAUUUUUCGAUGGCUUCUCGUAUCGUCACGUUGUAAAAGGUGGCCAUAGUGUUUGA